AUGGCUCUCCGUAACAAGGCCGGCGUCUUCGUCGGCGCUGCUUUGUUGCGACUUGUCCUCUUCACCGCGUUCCCCCACCUGCCAGACCUUUUGACGGGUCGCGUCGAGAUCUCGACCCCCGUCACCAGCUUUAAACGACUGCAAGAGGGUCUGUUUCUAUAUAAUCACAAUGUCGAUCCCUACGAUGGCGGCGUCUUCCACCAGCCGCCGCUGCUGCUCCCCCUCUUCUCGCUACUCCCCGACGUCAAGGAGUGGCCCAUUUUCACAGCCAUACUAUACAUACUCGUCGACCUGCUGAGCGCCAGUGCGCUCGCCACCAUUGCGGAUUCCGGUGAGGCCGGCCAGACGAAGCUCUACACCUCGCCGCGACGAGCCAAGACCACCUCGGGCGUCUUCAUUGCUGCGGCCUUCCUGUUCAACCCACUUACCAUCGCGACCUGCCUCGGCCGCACGACCAGCGUGUUCACGACAUGCGCCGUCCUCCAUGCCAUCGCCAAGGCGCUCUCCGGCUCGCCCUUGAACGCGAUGGUGGCCUUGGCCUUUGCCUCAUACCUGUCGAUGUACCCGAUCCUCCUUCUUCCGCCGCUCAUUAUACUCGCAUACGAUCGUCAAACCGCCAAGCGCGCCAUCGCCGGCGCGCCAGCCUUUAUUGCUACUUGCCUCGGCACGGUGGCCGCCAUCCUCGCGAUGCUCUUUGGCAUGUCCUUUGCGCUUGCGGGCAACUCCUGGACCUUUUUCGCGCGCACGUACGGCAUCCAGCUAACCCUCUCGGACCUGACUCCGAAUGUCGGCCUGUGGUGGUACUUCUUCAUCGAAAUCUUCGACCCCUUUCGCGCCUUCUUCCUCGGCGUCUUUUGGCUGCACCUUGGCGCCUACGUCGGCGGCCUGUCGAUAAGAUUGCGCAAGCAGCCUCUUGCAGCACUAUCAGUGCUUGUGGGCAUCUUUGCCAUCUUCAAGCCGUAUCCCUCCAUUGCAGACACGGCCCUGUUCCUCGGCAUGCUCCCGCUCUACCGCCACCUUUUUCCUCUAAUGCGCUACAGCUUCGUCGCUUCAUCGACUGUGCUGUACUCGUCGUUUUUGGGCCCUGCUUUCUACCACUUAUGGAUAUACGCCGGAAGCGGCAAUGCCAACUUCUUUUACGCCAUCACGUUGGUUUGGAGCCUGGGCCAGAGCCUGCUGGUCAGCGACCUGGCAUUUGCGGUGUUGAGAGACGAGCUAGAUGUUGAGCGACCCGAUCUUAUUGGCAAGGAGAUAAAGCAAUUGUAA